AUUUGAUUUUCGAGAAAUACGAGGGCGCGUUCGUCAUUAAAAAGUGUGGAUUCGUAGAUGGCUGAGUAAGGCAGAAUAUAAUUGGGCAAUUCGCAUAGUUUCCUGAAGCGUAACACACUGUAAUCAAGCCCUACAAAAGCUUCCAUAAAUAAAAUCUCGGCCAAACACCCUCUCCGGUACGCACAUUUUCCGAACUAGCUUGAGAACGAAGCAGCGAGCGGUGAGUAGAGCCACCACCUAUGGUGUCUGUGAACCCUAACCCGCCCGAAGGCUUCUACUUGGACCCCACUGGCAUGGCUCUCACCGGUCUCGGACCCUUCGCAGCCUCCCUGCCGUCGUCCACUGCCCCUACCACCGCCACUGCCACUGCCACCGCCACCGCGACCGCCACCGCGACGUCUCCUUUGGAUGAUCCCGCAAAGAAGGUCCGGAAACCCUACACCAUCACCAAGUCCAGGGAGAGCUGGACAGAGCCCGAGCACGACAAGUUCCUCGAAGCUCUUCAGCUAUUUGACCGUGACUGGAAGAAAAUUGAAGCAUUUGUUGGUUCAAAGACAGUUAUUCAGAUACGAAGCCAUGCACAAAAGUACUUUUUGAAGGUUCAGAAGAGUGGGACAAAUGAACAUCUACCUCCCCCUCGACCGAAAAGGAAAGCCUCUCAUCCUUAUCCUCAAAAAGCCUCAAAAAAUGCUCCUGUGCCCUUGCAAGCAAUGGGACCUGCUAUUAUUGAAAGUGGAUAUGUUUUGAGGUCUGAUACCUCAUCGAUGGUUAGGAAUCCUAUUCCCAGUACUGCUGCAUCUACAUUGACAAACAACUCUUGUCCAACAGCAGUCAGUUUAUCAAACCCGACUAAAGGCGAUAUGAGAUCUACUGGGUCAGCAAUGACAAAUAACUGUUGCAGUAGCACUGAGAGCACUCCAAGAGCACGGCCAAACACUGAAGCAACUGACCAAUUGUCCCAUGGCCAUACAUUGAGAGUUCUACCGGAUUUUGCUCAAGUGUAUAGCUUCAUUGGCAGCGUCUUUGACCCAAAUGUUACUGGUCAUUUGCAGAAACUGAAAAAGAUGGAUCCAAUAGAUGUUGAAACAGUAUUAUUGUUGAUGAGAAACCUUUCCAUUAAUCUGUCCAGCCCUGAUUUUGAGGAUCAUAGAAGGCUGCUUUCAUCUUGUGAGAUUGACUCCGAGAAGGCUACCUGUGGUGGUUUAGAUAAAUUCCUUAACGAGGAUCUAUCUAAGUGCAGUACUCGAUUGGGGAUAAAGGGCAACAAUCUGUGAGCUACGGUUGGAACAUGGUGUUGACAAAAUUUUGCUGGUCCGUAAAGUGACGUUGCUCAUCAGAAGAUCAGAAGCUGCACAGUGAAGGGAUUCUCAUCUUUCUCAGCUGUCAUGUAUAUAGUGAAAGAGAGGAAAAGAGACUAUAUAUGUAUGUGUAUAUAUAUAUAUAUAUAUUAAAAAAGAAACGAUGUAAUGGAGGGAAUGUAAAGCUGGUGCUUUAAGUGGGGUUUUCCAGAGGCCAUCUAUCCUGUAUAGAACUGGAUUUCUGUAAAUUCAAGUUUUGACCUAGCAGUGGCUGUUUCUGGUUAUGGGUUUCUUUCAUAUAUAUAUAUAUAUUGGCGUAAUGUUUC